UCUUGUAUUUCCUCGAGUUGCCAUUACCGACACUGCUGUAUUAACAGCGUGUUAGUUGUUAGAAAGUGUUAGCUAGCAGCUAACUAGCUAACUGCGAGCAGCAGCUAAAAAUAUUCUUCUGCAGAAGUGACCUGAAGAGGACACAGCUGAUCAACCACAGGAGAUACUUGCGUCAUAAAUUAUGGGCAAUACAAGCGAUAGGGUGGCAGGAGAUCGCCAUGGAGCCAAGGCCCACCGCUCAGACAGCAGCGGCAGUCACAAAGACCUGGAGCCCAGCAGCAAGAUGGUGGACAGCACAGACGACCCCAACAUCUUCAACACCCAUGGGCCUGAAUCCAAGGUGUUAGAAGAGAAGGGAUUCACCCCUGAUCUGGAUAACCUAGUGAAAACUGGUCCCCAAGCUCGACCAACAGUCAUCCGCUGGGCCGGAGGGGGGAAGGAGGUCUACAUAGCUGGUUCCUUUAAUAACUGGAGCACAAAGAUACCUCUUAAUAAAAGCCAUAAUGACUUUGUAGCGAUCCUGGACCUGCUAGAAGGAGAGCACCAGUACAAGUUUUUUGUCGAUGGACAGUGGGUCCACGAUCCUUCAGAGCCAGUUGUUACCAGCCAGCUCGGCACCAUCAACAACCUGAUCCAGGUGAAAAAGUCCGACUUUGAGGUGUUUGACGCGCUGCACGUUGACUCUCUGGAGUGCUCGGACACAUCAGAUCUGUCCAGCUCCCCUCCAGGUCCAUACGGACAGGAGCAGUAUGUCUUCAGACCUGAGGAGCAUUUCAAAGCCCCUCCUAUUCUCCCCCCUCACCUCCUUCAAGUUAUUCUCAACAAGGACACCAAUAUAUCGUGUGACCCCGCCCUGCUGCCUGAACCAAACCACGUCAUGUUAAACCAUCUUUACGCUCUCUCGAUAAAGGAUGGAGUGAUGGUGCUGAGUGCCACUCACAGGUACAAAAAGAAAUACGUCACCUCUCUGCUUUACAAGCCGAUAUAAACCUCACCUUCCCCACUGCUUUCAGAGAGUUUGUUUCAUCACAUUUAGCUAGAUCUUGCACUGAAACAAGUUUACAGGCGGAGCUGAAAGCCAGCGGCUGAGAUUCUGCUUUUGUUUUUUUUAAAAAGGUUUUCACUUCGGUCUACAUAGGGCUCUGAACAAAAGUAAUAAAGUGUGUGAGUGUGUUUAGGGUGUCACAGACAGUUGAGAUCCACAUUUUGGCUUUUACAGACACUGACUAAGAGGCUGACUGAAACACUGUGUAUUUGCUGCACCUUGUGAACAUUUGCAUGUCUGCGUGUUAAACAUUUGAUCCGCGGUGGAUUUUUUAAAAUUUUUUUCUUCUAAAGUGAGGGCUUUCUGCGUGUAAUUGAUGUGUAUCAACAGUUUUUUUGUUUCAUCAUAUCCUCUGAAAGAAUUCACUGGAGAGCAUCUAUAGCCGGUUAGCAUGCAGGAUAACAGAUGGAUUAUUUAGCUUAAAGCCACAUCAGUAUAUAUUAACAGAGUUGCAGACUGGGUGUAUGAGUGCUUGAGUAUGAAGUGCAAUAACCUUUAGAGGUUUCCAGUACCCUUUUUCAUUUCCAGUGGCAACUCUGAAACCUAGACAUGAGUAUCACUCGAUAUUAAGUUCAUCUCUCACACCAGUGCAGAUUAAAAAAAAGUUAUGACAAAUUUUUGUCAGCUGUAAACAUUGUAAAAUGAAGAGGUUUAAUGAUUACUAUGUUUCUUGUACUACCCAGCUCUGUGCAUCAAAAUAUAUUUAUCCUAAAAACAAGCUAGGCACCUCAACAACUCAUUGAGCUAACAUUAGCAGCCUCUCCUGAGGUCCUGUGUCUGCCUGUCCCGACAAACACUUUUUAUUUUUUUUUACAUGAAACACUGACAAACCAUGUUUUGUCAGCAUUAUCAUAUUACAUGGUAUUAUAUAGAAUGUCUAACAAUUCAGCCUCAUUCAAUGGAAUCUACAACAUGGAUGUAACCAUAUUGGAGAUGUCAGUUUUGUGACAGUAAUGGUCACAAUAGAUGGAGUAUGUAUCUUGUUUAAACAUCACUUAUUUCUGCUGUUGCCUUUUAUUUUUACGUGUUUUUGCGAACACUUUACCAUCCUGUGAGCAGGAGUGUGGAUAUAAGCUUUGAUCUAUGCAGCAGACAGCUCUUGUACUUGUUGCUUCUCUUGACUCUAAAACACAGUUUGUGCUUUUUAUUUAUUUAAAUUUUAACUGUUUGAGUUUUGCAGUGCUUUGUAUAAGAUGUGUAUCUGUCUAUCAAAUAGUAAUGUACUGUAGGUUUCUGUUACAUGGAUAGUCCACUCCACAGUGUGAUCUUGCUGCUUUGCAUGUGUCAAAUGUCUGCAACAUGUGACGAUAUAUGACACAUUUACUGAGUGUGGAACACUUUCAGUAAAAAAUCAGCUGCACAUAAUGUGUUCUGUAACCAGAGGCACAUUGUCAGAUGAGUUUUAAGGGCUUUGAAAAUAGAUAGUUGCCAAGAAUUUGAGUGUUCAGUUUGCUCACAUGUCUGUUACUUAUAGCAUAAUUAAUGUGUAUUUAAAGGUACAGUGGCUUUAAAGGUUGUGCUGUUUAAAUGUCUGCACUUAUGGUACAGUAUAAACUAUGGAAGCCCAGAGAGACUAUUGUUUCAAUUAUUUUUUUUAAGCUUAUAAGUGAGAGAUAAGGGCAAUAAAAAAUAUGAAUCCAAGCGAGGGUUUUCUCCGCUUCCAUAUACACACACCAUAUUCUUCAGAAUUGUUAAUGGGCUUUCAUUAGGAGUAUUAUUGCUGAGAAGCUCUGAAAGUAUUUUGUGAAUGUCCAGCCUUACCAUUUAUUUGUCCAGUUUCCAAUAUUUACAGACAAAAAAAUUAGAGUUUGGACAAACGUUGUGGAUGCCAGGCGGUGUUUUUAGGCUUCAACCAAAACUUGAAUUUUCAUGAAUGUUUCAAAAAUGCUUCGCUGAACCAGUGAUGUGAUUUACUGUAAGAGGUUUUACUUGUUUGCAAAUAAAGAGAGAGUUUGGUGGUC